CUACUCCCAAAUCCGGAUCAGCCGCAAAGCAAAACGUUCGAAACCCAGACAAGACGCUCACGCCCAAAUCUCUCUCUCUCUCCCUCUCCCUCUCCCUCUCCCCUCGUAUGCGCGCACGCGCCGCUCGCAGCAGGAGCGAGUCGCCAUGAUCGUGCGCACCUACGGCCGCAGAUCCCGUUCCUUCUCCGACGGUGGCGAAGGCAGCGGCGGCGGAGGAGAGCGCGGGUUCUCGUCCUCGCAGGAUGCGUUCGACUUCGACGGCGGGGACGGGGGCGACGAGCUAGCGCUGCUGGGGUCGUCGUCCUCGCAGCCUUUCCCGCCGUCGCAGGAGUCCUCGUCUAUGUGGGACUUCGACGAGGACCCUCCGCCGCGCCAGGCUGAGGCGCCGCGGCGGCAGGGGCGGCGCGGGAGAGGAGGCGGAGGGUACGCGGAGCACGAGGCCGAGGCCGAGGCGGCCACCGCGACGCUGAUGGAGGCCGAGGAGUACGGGGAGAUGAUGGAGAGUGUAGAUGAGGUCAAUUUCGCCCUCGACGGGCUGCGAGACACCGCGCCAAGGCGGGUGCGCCGGGCCAGCCUACUCGCGCUGCUCGGGAUCUGCGCGUCUGCCGCGCGCCGCCGUGUCCUCCGGGCUCAGGGAUUGGUAAAGCAAAUUAUAGAUGAUGUUUUGGUUCUGAACAUUGAUGAUCCUCCCUGUGGUGUUGCUGCAGCAGCUCUUUUAUUUGUUUUAGCAAGUGAUGUACAAGACAGUCAUUUGCUGGAUUCAGAAUCUUGUAUCCAUUUUCUUCUUAAAUUAUUAAACCCUCCAGUGAAUGCCGUCGAUGCUAAAGCACCAUCUAUAGGUUCCAAACUUCUUGGAAUCAGUAAAGUUAAAAUGCUUAGUGGCUCAAAUAAGGAUUCCGAUUCCGGUUCAGUGGAUAUCAUUUCAAAAGUCGAAGACAUCCUCUUAAGCUGCAAAGAGAUCAAGCCACUUGGCAAGGAUGACAAGACAACAACACGGCCAGAAUUAUGUUCAAAAUGGCUUGCUUUGUUGACAAUGGAAAAGGCAUGCUUGUCUGCUGUUGCAUUAGAGGAGACUUCUGACAUGGUGGCCAGAGUUGGAGGAAAUUUCAAAGAAACAUUAAGGGUGUUGGGUGGCCUUGAUAGUAUUUUUGAUGUUAUGGUAAAUUGUCAUUCGGCACUGGAGAGACUUGUAAAGGAUACCUCCACUCUAGCCUUGGACAUAAAGGAAGGAACAUCUUUACAAAGUGCCGCACUACUCUUGAAAUGUUUGAAAAUUUUGGAGAAUGCCACAUUUCUAAGUCAUGAUAACAAGACCCAUUUGCUCAGCAUGAGUAGAAGAUUGAGUCCUAGAUGCUCUCCACUUUCUCUUGUUGGUGUCGUUAUCAAUAUUAUUGAAUUAUUAUCAGCUCUUUCUCUCCAGAAUUCUUCCACUGUGUCCAGCAGGACAAAUGAAAAAACUUCCAUAGUUUGUAAAGGGGGCUGCUCUGCAGAUGUUAAGGAUGCAACUUCAUUGAAUGGUCAUGGCAAGUGCAACAAGCCAAAGAAAAAUAACCUUCCGCUGAACCAGAAACGCCAAAAGUGCUCGUCUGCCAAAUCAAAUGAUGUUUCCCACAUUACUAUAUCUUCUAGUAGUGAUGUUGGUCUGUCACAAAUGACACUUGAUUGUUCUCAGUCUAUUUCAAGCAACAGGCAAUCAAGUGGUUUAUUAGGUGAGAGGCACAGCAACGGUGUUGGUCUGAAGCUUAAUAUAAGAAAGGAUCGUGGUAAAGCCAACCCAAUUAAAGGCCCAAGUGGAUGGGUUUCUCUAGCAGCACAUAAUUCUGAUGGAACCUCCAGAGAAACGGCUAAACGGCGACGUCUAUCUGAAAAUGGCAAUAGUGAUUUGGGCAGUGGCGGUGGUAAUGAUCCUUUUGCAUUUGAUGAUGUUGAUCAGGAGCCUUUAAAUUGGGAACUAUUUGGUCCAAAAAAGAAAUCAACACAGGGACGCCAAGCAAAAUCAGCAAAUGAGAAAUUGUCGUACAAUUGUGGGACUGCGGCAAUUGGAAGUCAGGAAUCAUGUCAACCUCAAGAUAAUCAUCAAUCGGGUAUAACAUCUCAUUCUAAUGUUGAUGAUGAAUCCAGUCUUUUGGAAGACUGCCUUUUGGUAUCAAUUAAGGUUCUUAUGAACUUAGCAAAUGACAAUCCAUCUGGUUGUGAACAAAUUGCAUCAUGUGGUGGUCUUAACACCAUGGCCUCCUUGAUUAUCAAGCAUUUCCCAUCAUUUGGUUUCUCCGUGGAUAUCGGUCUCGAACAAGAUCUGACCUGUUCUGAAGACAGGAAGAUACACCAAGUUAAAGCUAAGCAACUACGAGACCAUGAGCUUGAUUUUCUGGUUGCCAUAUUGGGCUUGCUUGUCAACCUCGUGGAGAAAGAUAGCCUUAAUAGGGUACGGCUUGCCUCUGCCCGUGUUUCUGUUGACCUAUCUAAGGAUCUGCAGAGUGAAAAGGCACAGAGGGAUGUUAUACCACUCCUCUGUUCAAUCUUCUUGUCGAGUCAAGGUUCCGGGGAAGCUUCUGGAACUAUAUCACUGGAUAAUGAAGAGUCCUUGUUGCAAGGAGCACGGGAAGCUGAAAUGAUGAUCGUGGAGGCCUAUGCAGCCCUCCUGCUCGGCUUUCUUUCAACAGAAAGCAUGAAGGUUCGAGGAGCCAUUUCUAGCUGCCUUCCAGAUAAUAGCUUAAAAGUUCUUGUACCUGUGCUAGAGAAAUUUGUGGCGUUUCAUCUGCAGCUUAACAUGAUGACUGAGGAAACACACUCUGCUGUUACCGAAGUUAUCGAAAAAUGCAAACUAUGAUAGAACAGCAAAGAGACGUUUGUACAGACUGACCGGCCUCUUUACAGCCAAGGCAUACACAAGUGUUCCUCCUCCUCACCUGGGGACGCUGCAGAUGGGUGGAGCUUGACCUGCAGUGGGCUUGGAAGCUAACCAUCGUGUCAUUCUUUUUUGCUAUUGUUUUUGGGUCCCCUGUUGUUGCCGCUCCUUUUUUUGUGUUUUUUUUUUCUUCUCACCUCUCAAAUCAUGUUGUUCGCAUAGCCCAUUUAAUUCAAUGUAAAAUAACAUCAUAGGGAAUGUAACGUGUGUUGUUUCAUAAAGAUUGUAAUUUGUACUAGCGCCAAUCACAAUCAGUGGUCACCUGACUAAAUCUGAGGAAAUUUAUGAUAGAAUGUACUAUUGCCCGUGCCAUUUUGGUU